AAGAGGGCGGGGGCGAAGCGAGACGAGACGCUGCGGGUGAUGGUGGGCCGCCGCGGGGCUGCGAGCGAGGCGAGGCUCGGGCCCCAGGGGAGGUCGCACCCGGCGGGGCAGGCCCCGGCUGCGUCCUCCUUCUGGUGCCUGGCGCAGACCCGGGGCCUGCGGGACCUCAGCGGCGAUGGAGGCGUGCUCAAGGAGGAGCUGCGCCCCGGCAGUGGGCAGGCCGUGCCCCCGGCCGCCUCCGUGGCAGUGAAGUACUCUGGAUACCUGGAACACUGGGAUGAGCCCUUCUGCACAAACUACUACAGCAAGUUUCCUGGGCUGAUGAAACUUGGAAAAGACAUUACGCUGGGGGGCCUGGAAAUUGGCCUGCUGACAAUGAAGAAGGGAGAGGUGGCAAGAUUUGUCUUCACACCGGAUUAUGCCUAUGGGCGUCAGGGCUGUCCUCCUCUCAUUCCCCCGAAUGCCACGGUCAUGUUCGAAGUGGAGGUGCUGGACUUCCUAGACUCGGAUGAAUCUGACACAUUCUUUCAGUUGACUGCUGAACAGCAGGAUACAUUUCCGCUACAAAAGGUGUUGAAAGUGGCAGACACGGAGAGAGAGUUUGGCAACUACCUCUACCGUAAGCGGCACUUCGAGGGUGCCAAAGACAGAUACAAAAGGGCGGUCUCCAUCCUUGGUCGCAGCCCUUCCAGUGAGGCAGAGCAGUGUCAGAUCAAUGCUUCCAAGUUGCUGGUGCUCCUGAAUCUCUCUCUCACUUACCUGAAACUGGAACGUCCUGCCCAAGCUUUGGCAUAUGGGGAGAAGGCCUUGGAGAUUGACCAAAGAAAUGCCAAAGCGCUGUUCAGGUGUGGCCAGGCUUGUCUCUGCAUGACAGAAUACGAAAAAGCCCGGGAUUUCCUGGUCAGAGCUCAGCAUAUACAGCCGUUUAACCACGAUAUUAACAAUGAGCUGAAAAAGUUGGCGAGCUGCUAUAAGGACUACAUGGAAAAGGAGAAAGAAAUGUGCUGCCGAAUGUUUGCCCCUCUCAACUCUUCUUCUGGCUGACCAGAAAUAAAGCCGUCUCCAUCUCUUCCCUUCUGCGGACCUGUGGUCCCGGCUGGGCAGCAGCUCUUCUGCCUUUACUGUGUCUGGCAGAAGCGAGCAUUUCACACCAGCAUGGGGAGACCCACCAGCACCCAGGGAGCUGGGACCUGCGGUCUGGCACUGCUCUGGGACGUGAUGUCAUGUCCAGAUGUUGAUCUCCCCAAUAACAGUGAGUGAGCCUUCACCCUUCCCCAUCUCCUCCAGCGACCCGGCAUGUGGCCGAAGGGUUGGUGCCAUUUGCAGGGACAGGAGAGGGACCACCUGGGGCUGGGGACGGGGAGAGAGCCGAGCCAUCGCACAGCCCACCCCUGCCACUGUUGGAGGAGCCCGGCGGGGUGGGUGACCCACCUCACAGUCUUGGUGACACAUCAAAAAAGCACCUUUUCUUGGCUCAGGACUCAUGGCCAAAUGGCAGGGGUUGCCAGCUGGGACAAGAGCCUUCACCAGGUCACCUGACUUUUAAAGGGUGGUUGGAGAGAUGGAGGGAGCAGAAAUCCCUGAAAGAUUAUUUGUUUCUCACGAACUAUAUUUAGGCACCAUCAGCAAAAACCAAAAGUGCUGAGUUCUGCUAAAUAAAUAUGGGAGCUUUGUGUUUUUUUCCCCCAGAGGAGAACAGGAUUAGUAAGUGAAUGGUAAAUAGUAUUUUUGUUUGACAUACCUGAGGGUUUCCAUUCGAAGUUGCUGUCUUGAGCUCUUGAUGCCGUGAUGAUGAUGAUGGACCUAAAGUGGCACUGCCCCAUCUUGUGAAAAUAUUUUUUGGAAAAGAAAAGGAGGCAGCUGGCUUACCCACUAUGGCGCUGCUUUUUUUUGGUUAAACUUUGCGUUCUUGAGUAUUUUCAUAAAUGUUUGCAUAUUAGGAUGUUUUUAAGCUAGAAGUAGGUCAUGCUGGUGCCACUCCAGUAGCAAAUUCCUUCCCCAGUGGGAUGCAGACCCCUGGGCUCCCUGCCUGCCUGCCUACACCCACCAGUGCUGCCCUGGAGGGACAGGGUGCCCAGGCAGUUAUGGGGGUUGGGAUGGUCCUUGGCUGGUCCAAGCACGGCUGCAGCAGAUGGCGAGAAGAUCACCUGGCUUGUCUGGAACACACUUGGGUCAUCCUGGGUUUAAUUCUUCGCUGUUUUGGAUUCCCCAUGCCCGAACCUCAUCUCCCCCAGGGAUCCCCACUGGGAUCAGGUCCAGACUUCCCAGUGGAGUGUUUGCAGGUGGGGUGUGAGGCUGCGGAUGGGCACCAGGCAGGUGAGGGGCGUUUGCGGGUCACUCAGGGAUGUAAGAGCCCCUCUGACCAGCUGGGCGUGAUGAGGAGCAGAGCAACUGAUCAGGAAACACCUGUUUGGACAUGAAGUCCAAAGCCCACAGGCAGUGGGAGGCAGUGGGGCAGAAGGGCUCCUGGUUUACCUCAAGCAGAGCAGAAAAUCUGUUGCCCCAAAGUCAUCAAAAUUCAGCAUUCCUUGAGCUGACUGCCGGGACAUCAGCAUCUGUCCCUUGUAGAAAUAAGGCACUGGGGUAGUUUGGGUCUUUAUUGUAGCAGCUUGUCUGCGGUAACUCUUCUCUAGAGAGGGCCAAGUGGAGGUUGCAAUGGAAAUUGUUGCACAACGGCAGCACCCUGGUAAGCAGAUUAGAGACACGGCUGAAGAACUUCCCCCUGAAGCUGCUCCUCUGGCCAGGUUAGACAUGAUGGUCUCAUAGCAUGCUCCAUAUGGAGAGGAGAUGAGGGAGGUACUCAAGGAGGAACCAGGUCAGGGAGGAAGAUGCUGGUACCACACAGUUUGUCACGAGCAAGAGUGACCCAACCCUGGGUAGGAACCAUCAGAAAGAGGGCUGUGACCUGAACAUGGACUGAUUUGGGGCCUGGGAGGAGGAGAAGAAGAAAUGCAACAUGGUGUUACCCAGCACUGAUGAACUCUGUCCAGUAACAGGGAAGAGGACAGCGAGAUCUCAGGUAUAUGCAAAUACUCGACCAGAGGCUGCAAAGACAGGAGAGCUUCAGUCUGGGCUGCUCACUACUCUUGGUCCGAACCUUGCUUGAGGAGUUGAAACCAACCCAACCCAAAAGCACUGGAAGUGCUGAAAUUCUCCCUGGACCACCGUGGUGAGUCCGUGCAGCUUAGAAGAAGGCAUCUGCAUCCAGGUACCAUGGCUAUGCUGAAGCUUGCAGCGAGCACAAGGAGGACUUUGACCACAGCACCGACAGCUUUGCCAGCAAGUGGGGGCCGGCGAAAGGCCACCCAUGGCUAUGGGGCACCCAAGGGAGGUUGCAGGGUGACAGUGCCUUGAGGUUGCACUGGAGACCUUUGGUUUGACUCAGCAACCAAAUGGGCAGCUUGGCCCAUUCAAUAGUACAUUAAAACCAUUUCCAGCAAGUUCCACACCUUGCAGCUGUCCCUGCUCCUGGGGCAGCAUGGCAUGGGCUUGGGCUUGGCUCUGCAGGGGUGCUCCUGCUUCCCAGGGGGUGCUUUGUCCAUGUCCCUACUGAGGUCCAGCCUGCGACCCCACACCAGCUUGAACCAGUGCAGAUGUUCCUAGCCCAUAGCACCAUUCAGAGGUGGCAGAGCAACACAUGAGCCGUGCACAAGAGCGGGCUGGGGAUACAGGGGCUUUCUGCCAGGCCAUGAGCAUGUGCAGCGCUGGCCUUGGGGGUGGCACGGCUCGAGGGCACUCCCAUGCUUCCCAAAUUGCCUGGUAGAAGGUUUCUCUUCCAGCCAAGUAGCUGGUGGCCAGGGUCCAUUCCCGGCACAGCGAGCUCCUUACUGGGCGCUUGCAGUGGUCCCAGGACUGCGGAGCUGCCUCCUGGAUUGCAUUUGCUGGGAUUUUGGCUGCUCCUUGGAGACACACAAGGGACUUGGCGCAGACCCGGGGAGCAUGGACAUCCCGGGGGGCACAGCUGCUGUGGGGCAUCCUGCAACCCCCCUCCCCUGUCCCAGGGUGCUCCCAGCCCAGGUGCCAGGGCGCUCAGCCCCAGCCCACGUCCUGCCUGGCUCCAGGCUGCCCCGUGGUUCUCCCCUUCUCCUCUGGAUCAUAUUUAUUUAUUUAUACGGUGAAUGUAAUAAAACUCCAGCAGGAAACGGAGGCAAUUCCCUGCCAUUCCCCGCAAGCCGGCCCUGGGCUGGGGCGAACAAGGAGGCGCAUUGUGCGGCACAGACCUGCCUGCCAGUGCUGAGCUGCGUGCGGAGCCGAGGGGCAAAGAAAGGGCUGUGUGUGUCUGUGCCUGCACCAGGACCCAGUGCCGACACCCGCCUGCCAGCAGCGGGCAGCUUGGCGGCACCGCGGGAUGGGGUGUCCUGGGGAAGAAGCUUCACUUCAGGGGGCAAGCGGGGCUGGGGAUGAAAGGUUCCUGUGCUGGCUUGGGAUGUUGUCUGGGAGCACCACAGAGCCUGCUCCCAGCACAAGGUGCCUCCUCUGCCCGUUCUUGGGCUGCCAGGAAACAGAGGUGGGCACUGAAGGUCAGCUGGGGGGCAGACAGUCGCCCCAUGGCCCAGUCUGGUGGCUGUACAACCUGCUCUUCCCAGGGCUGUGGCAGCUGAGAGCGAGCUCCAGCCCUUCACCUGCCUUCAUCAGGCAGCUGCUGCAGAUGCUGCCAUCAGUAGGGUUCAGAGUGAAUGCCUGCUGCCGAGGUUCACCUGGGUCCUGUCUUCCCUCCAGAGGGGUCUGUAGGGGUGAGCAAGGUAGCUGGGGGAAGGACAUGGCUCAGUCUAGCUUCCCCUUUGAUGGGGAGGGGGUCCCCACGGCCAGGGAUGUGCAUCCCAGCCCCCCAAGAGGGCUGUAAGCAGCCUGCUGUGCUGCCAGCUGUGUUGCCAGCUGCGCUCACCAGCUAAAAUACUGCAGGAGAGGUGGUGGGGGACUGUCCAGUGUCCCCUCUUGUCCCCUUGCUAGCCAGCUCCCCACCAUGCUCCCACCCAGGGCUGCCCUGGGGCACCCUGCUGCCCUGUCCCCAGAGGCCCAUGGCUGCUCGUGGUCCCCAUCCGUGUGCUGGUCCCUCAGGCUCCCAGGGUUCCUGGGGCGGUGCCACACAUGCCACACAUGCCCUGUGCUUUGUGUCUCCUGCCUGCUUCACAUCAGCACUGCGAUGAUGGGGGUGUCGGAGCCCAGGGACCCAGUGGCCAUGGCCAGGGAGGUGGGCUGGCUGGCAACAGGACUGUCCCUCCAUGCCCACCCCUGGUUUGCAGUGGCUGCAGGGUGCCCACAGCUCCCCAGCCGUGGAGUGACGGGGUGACCAGGUUGCAGUGAACAUCCCUGGGGAAUUUGUGUCACUCUAUGUCCCUGAGCCCUGGCCACAGUGUCCCCUCACGCAGGGGACCCAAGGCCAGGAGGUGACCAGGGAGCUCAGGGCACAGUGUUGCCCAGGGAUGCUGGUGUCACCCAGCUGCCUGCCACUGCCCGAGGCUGGCGGGGGGACCUCACUGGGUGGGUGGAGGUCCCAGGGGGUGACGAUGGGCUAGCAGGGGGGGCGGGGGUGUUGAGCACAUCAUCGCCCACACUGCGGCCCCAUCACCUCAUCCCCCAGGCCUGCAGCACCUUCCACUGCCCGUAGCCACACAGUUGCCUGUGCAGGCAGAGAAGGCAGACACAGGCAGCAGCUCUCAUGGCUCCUCAAGUUACAGAAACCGCACGCCCAGGGGAAAGGGGGUAAAAAACUCCUGGCUCCUGCAGGAAAUGUCUCUGCAGCCCCCUCAGCGGUGGUGCAGAGGCGUGGUCACUGCUGCCCAUGAGCGGGCAGGUUGUGCCAGGGACAGCCAAGUGGGCAGGGAUGUCAUCCCACUGCUCUGAGGGGCACCGCGGUGAUUGGGAAGAGGUUUCCUUCCCCAGGAUGAGGGGAUCAGGUCAGGCCCUGACCUCGAUAGGAGGACAGGGUGGGGGGUCCGCAGCCCCUUGGGGACCCUGCGGAGCCUUUGGCAUGGCUGGGGAGUGUGCCAGCCUGUGCUGUCCAGCCAGGACACCGGGAGCACAGAUGGCAGCAGGGUGAGAGAAGGAGGGGACAGCCCUGUCCUUCAGGGGACACAUGCCAGGGUCCAGGUGUCUCAGCAGCAAGUAACAGGGUGUCAGCAUCUGGCUGGGGGCCAGCGGAACCCCCCAGGAUGUGAGGCUGGGGUGCUCAGUGCUCCCUGCCUUGCCUGUUCCCACUGGUGCUGCCGUACCCACGGCGCCCUUCCAGGAGUGGGUUGCCUGCCCAGUGGCACACACUGUGAAGCCACCAAAAUAGCUGCAGUUGGGUAUAUGGCAAGUGGGGCUGGUUAUCCCCCCCCCACUGGCGUUCUCAGUGCUGUAGUUAAUGCCAGAAUCAGGGAAGAAAUGUCUUUUCCCUUCUGUUGGCACUGACUGGGGCUGGGCAGGAUCCGUGCCGCAUGUUCACCCAUCUCUUCCCACCAGUGUCAGGAUCCUCCACCCAUUUGUUUGGGGACUGUCCCCCAAAAUCCCCAUAUUCCCACCCUGCUGCUGCCUGCCUGUGUGGCGUGCACAGUCUGGUGCACACGUGUGUGCAUCUGCAUCACACAGGACCCUGCCCAGGGGUAGGAAGGGUUUGGGCUUGAGGAUCACUCCUGCUGGUGCACGGGAGGGUGUCCCCAGGGAGAUGGUGGCCAGGGCAGGGGGCAGCUGCCCCUCUAGCUGGGUGGGUGCCAGCCUGUGGCCCCGCAGGGUGCCUGGCAUGGGGUGCUGCCAGGAUGGACCCUCCAACUGCUUGCCAGCCCAUCCGGCCCCAGCACCGGCAUCCCUUUGAAAUCGAAGCCACUGGCCUUUUGCGCCAGCUAUUCCUGUGAAAUUCUUCAGGAAGGGAAAAUUAUCCCCCCGGAUCCCUGUAGGGAUGUGCCAUCGCCCUCCCUCCCAGCUGGCAGGGAGAGCACAGGGUGCCACGGAGCCCAGGUCUGCCCCUGGGCACGGCUGGUGGCCUGGCCUUGUUAUUUGGGUUUUCCCUCUGUGCUCCAGCCCCUGCCUGCGAACCUGGAGCUGGGGGGAGCUGGGACCACCAAGGGUCCAUGGGCUCGGCAGGGCAGACCCCGCUGGGAGGGGCAGGGGUGAGGCCAGCACAGCUGCCAUGGGGCCCCUCACCACCCUGCAGCAAGUCCUGCCUGCCCUGGCCAAGGCUCAACAGGACAGCACCUACAGUUCCCUCCACAGCUCCAUCACCCCAUCCCCAAAUCCAUCACCCCCUCCCUGCCUCCAUUGCCCCAUCCCCUGACCUAUUGCCCCCUCCCCACCUCCAUUGCCCUCUCCUCAGCUCCAUAGCCCCUCCCCAGCUUCAUCACCUCCUUCCUGGAGCCAUCACCCCCUGCCCAGCUCCAUCACCCCCUCCCUGGCUCCAUUGCCCCCCUCCCCAGCUCCAUCACCACCUCCUCUACUAGACUGCUCCCUCCCCACCACCAUCGCCCCCUCUCCUGCUCGAUUGCCCCCUCUCCUGCUCGAUCACCCCCUCCCCUGCUCCAUCGUUCUCUCCUCUGCUCCAGCAUCCUCCCCCCAGCUCCAUUGCCCCCUCCCCCCCAGCUCCAUUGCCCCCUCCCUGGCUGGUGCCACGGGCGAUCCCCCAAACCCUGCCACCCAGGGAGAACCCAUCCAUGGCUGGGCAAGAGGGGCAUUGCUGCAGCCUCUCUUCCCCCGGGGCAGCAGCAUGGGAUUUUUUCUCCACCCAUGGCCCUUCCUGCUCUCCUUCCCCCCUCCCCUCGCUGAGGCUCUUGCACAGGUUUGCAAGCACUGUUGACGGGAAGAAAGGAAAUGGGGCAAAGCUGCUGCCAGGAACCACAGGCUCCUGCGAUACAGCCCCACUCCGCCAGCCUGGACGCCUCCCGGGCAGGAUUUCUGUGCAGUCUCUGUGAGCUCUUUCUUCCAGCUAUUGAUAUUGGAUUCCCAGGCCAGGGCCACUUCCAAGGCUGUAAAUCUGCUGUGUUGCUCUACCUGGUGUUCUUGUUUUCACUGCGAGGCUUCCAGACCUGCUGGAGAUCUCGGCUUCUGUGCAUGGCCGUGAUGUCCCCAGCCCAGUGGCAAGCAUCGUGCUGUCCCCUCCCCAGCUGCCCUGGCAUUCCCCAGGGGUGUGGGCACGGGUGGGCAGGUUGCUGGCACAGGCAAUGGUGCAAUGAAAGGGCAACACUUGGCCAAGGGUUGGGAUGCUGGUGGCACCCCCCCCUGCCCACUGCUGCAGGUGGGAUGAAGCUCUGGGAAGGGCUCCCUGGGUCCUUUGCUGUCCCCACUGCAGGUGCCUGAGGCUUGGGUAGGGCUUGGGCAUCCCAUGGAGCACCCAAGGAGGGUGUCGGGGUGGGCGGAGGAGCACCCCAGGGUGCGGGGCAGAAAUGAGGGGCGGCUGCUGCUCUCUAUGUUAAAAGGAGCCCCUUGACUCUGAAAAUCCAUGUGUUGUUCUUGGCUGGGUUGCGGCGCCUCCUGCCAAGAGCAACAGUUUUACAUAUUAAAGCAAAAUUAAAUUAAAAGGCA